AUGGCAGUCCGUCUCGGCGACAAGAAAUCUCUCCGCAUCGGCGUGAUGCUUGAGACCGUCCAGCUCAGCGAUAUCAUGGGCAUCGACCUCUUUGGCAACAUGUCCCUCGAGUACUACACCAAAAUCAAGAGCUUCGACCCAGCAUACAAUGAAUUCGACGGUCUUUCUCCGGAAAUCACCUUCUACUUCAUCUCUUCCUCUCUGGAGCCGGCCGAGAUGACUCCGGGUCUCAAGUUCGUUCCCAACAUCACCUACGACGACUGUCCUCGUGAUUUGGAUCUCGUCUUGAUCGGUGGACCUCUCCCUUCGUUCCGUCCUCCCCAAGCGGACCGCUUCAUGAAGGAGGCUUUCCCCAAGACGCGCGUCUGGUUGACUACUUGCAUCGGCUCGCCCUGGCUGGCCAGCGCCGGCGUGCUGAAGGGCAAGAAGGCUACUGCGAACCGCGAGUUCUUAGCUUUCGCGAGACAAACGUACCCCGAAACCGAGUGGCUGGACCAGAGAUGGGUGGUCGACGAGAAGGAGUAUGAGGGCGAAGGCAAGGGUGAGCUCUGGACCUCGGGCGGAGCUGGUGCUGGAUUGUCGAUGAUCAUCGCGUACUUGAAUCAGAACUUCAACCCAGCACAUGUCAAGAAGAUUGCUCUCCAAGGUAUUGGCAUGGAGGAGCUCGAGCUCAACCAGUUCUACAAGACAACGUACGGCACGGGGUCUGUGACGCAAUAA